CGAGGAAGCAGCAACAUGGCGGCGUCCGCUGCCACAGUGAAGUGUGCCUUGCGGAGAGCGAUGGCCCCGUCGUUGGUGGUGAUUUUGGGAGCUACCGGCACCGGCAAGUCCAAGCUGGCGAUCGAGAUCGGAAAACGGCUUCAGGGAGAAAUAAUCAGCGCCGACUCCAUGCAGGUGUACCAUGGCCUUGACAUCAUUACCAAUAAGGUGACGCCUGAGGAGCGCGCCCAGUGCAGACAUCACAUGAUCAGCUUUGUGGACCCGUUAGUUAGCAGCUACACGGUGGUGGACUUCAGGAACAAAGCCCUGACUCUAAUAGAUGACAUGCACAGCAGAAACAAACUGCCAGUCAUUGUAGGGGGAACAAACUAUUACAUCGAGUCUCUGCUGUGGAGGGUCCUGCUGGAUAAAGGGCAGGAGAUCGAGGAGUCAGGAGACGGAGGAGAUGGGGCGCCGAGCAGGAAGCUGGAGCUGGAGAAACUGGGAGGAGCUGAGUUGCAUAAACGGCUGGCGGAGGUGGACCCCAGAAUGGCCGCCAUGUUGCACCCCAAUGACAAACGCAAACUAGCGAGGAGUCUUCAAAUCCACGAGGAGACAGGCGUCCCCCAUAGCUGCUGGCUGGAGGAGCAGAGGGGGCAGGAGGGAGGCGAUGGGCUGGGGGGGCCGCUGAGAUACCCAGACCCCUGCAUCUUCUGGCUGCACGCUGACAUGGACGCUCUCGACAGGCGUUUGGAUGCCCGCGUAGAUGAGAUGCUGUCUGCUGGACUGAUAGAGGAGCUCAGAGACUUCCAUGUCCGCUACAAUCAGCAGAGAGUCCGGGAUGACAGUCAGGACUAUCAACAUGGGAUUUUCCAGUCAAUCGGUUUUAAGGAGUUUCAUGAAUACCUGACUGCCCCUGAAAGCAGCGUGCAGCAGGAUAAAGACACACUACGAGACAAAGGUAUAGAGGCUUUGAAGAUCGCUACAAGGCGCUACGCCCGAAAACAGAAUAAAUGGGUUCGCAACCGCUUUCUUAAACGACCUGGAGACGCCGUGCCGGUGGUGUACGGCCUGGAUGUAACGGACGUGUCAAGGUGGGAGGAGACGGUGCUGAACCCUGCACUGCAGAUACUCGACAGUCUCAGCAAGGGUGAGGAGCCAACUAUUGCACCAAUCAGAGUGCAGGGGGCGGAGCAGAGAAACAAACGGAGCCACCAUUUGUGUGAUAUGUGUGACAAAGUGAUCAUCGGUGACCUGGAGUGGACAGCUCACCUGAAGUCCAAAAAGCAUCACUAUCAUGUGAGGAAGAGGAGGAAGCCUGAUCCGGCCUGUGACCAAUCCCAGGUUCCCGCCGCACCUCCUGCCUCUGCUGCAGAGACGGAGAGUCUCUCACAGGACUCUUGUGCCACCGUUGCCCCGGGCUGCAGUGAGACCCCUCAGGACUCCUCCGGAGAUAUAAGGACAACACGCAAGGAAGUCCCUGUGACAUUUUAAGAGUCGCGCUGACUCUGGACUACACUCAUCUUCAUUCAGGUUUCCACCACUGUUCUGCACACACAGCUGGAUGUUUCCUUACUUUCCUUAUAGGACUACUUUCUUACUUCCCAUGUAACUAAGCUAUAUUUUCUCUUUGACAGAGGAAGAAGUAACACAGAUCCUUGCUGAAUGUGGAUCACAAAAAAACGUAUUGUUCAUGGGCAUCAAGUAUGGAUCCUUGAGGGGAUGUUUGUAGUAGAUUCAGUAUUUUGAGGGUCAAGACUAUUCAUUGCAGACUGAAAGGAUAGAUUAGGUGUUCAUAGUGUGUGCAGCCAAAUAAAUGCAUUCUUUGAGGACUCUUUUUUGGCAGUGGCCUGAAAAUCUACUUCAAAUUGUAGACAAAGGUCUGUUUCUGUUUUUGCAGAAUGUGCCUUAAAUGAAGUGACUAUCUUUCAUACUGUUGCUACAUACUGUUAGCAUUUGAGGAUUUAAGUUUCUUUGUUAUUUUUAUCUUAACCACCGUGCACUUUUAAUUUAAAUCAAUUCUUCUUAAAAAUGUUCAAUAAACUAAAGGAUUUUAGAGAUUCUCAGCCAGUGGAGGGUGAUGUGUCCUGUGUCACUGAAGCGAAAAAGGAGGUUUGAGAGGCACAAAGUAUUCACUGUUUGGCCGCUGCC